AUGUCGGCGCCAAACCCCAAAGACAGCAUGAAAUCCACCUGGCGUCGCAACCCCAAAGACUCCUGGACAAUAUGGCACUGGUUCUACGAAGUGUUGGGCAUUCACCCAACCACCCUCGACAAAACCGUGCCCAUCCACUCAAAGGAAGAGCCUAUUCCGUAUCUACCAGAAUGGAAGGAACAUCGCUGGAUACUUUCGCAUGCCAUUAUUCCUUUGGUAUUGCAUCAGACGUAUGUCGCAUACACGGGCCAGAAUCUGAGUAGUAUUGCGGCGUUUUUCUUGUAUGCGGUUGCCUUCAAGUCGAUUGCGAUCAAUCAGUUGCAUAUGAUGAGAGGGUUGGGGCAUAAGUAUGGAUUCUUCGAUGGCGAUAAGCAUGCUAGAGACGACGUGCCUGAUAUUGGCGUGGGCAAGGUUGUGCGUUCGUUGAUGUCGACGUCGACGUUUAGGCCGAUGUUUACCGUGAUGUUGGCGUACAACAGCGCUGCGACGCCGUUGGCAGAACUCAAAGCGAACUGGGCGUGGUGUGUGGUGGAAGUCAGUCUCUAUGGUAUUAUACUUGAUUUUUGGUUUUAUUGGUAUCAUCGUCUGAUGCAUGAUGUGGAUGCGUUGUGGAAGUAUCAUCGCACCCACCAUCUGACCAAACAUCCCAACCCGCUGUUGACGCUCUAUGCGGAUAUGGAGCAGGAGUUCUGGGAUAUUGCGGGUGUGCCGCUUUUGACGUACGGGUCGAUGAAGUUGAUGGGCAUGCCGAUGGGCUUUUAUGAGUGGUGGUUGUGCCAUCAGUAUAUCGUCUUUACGGAGUUGGCCGGCCAUUCUGGGCUGAGGAUCCAUGCUACCCCGGCCAGUACGCUGACGUGGUUGUUGAAGUUCUUUGAUGCGGAGCUGGUUAUUGAGGAUCAUGAUUUGCAUCAUAGAACGGGCUGGAAGAAGAGUCAUAACUAUGGCAAGCAGACCAGAUUGUGGGAUCGGAUUUUCGGGACGUGCCGAGAGCGGAUUGAGUGUACGGACGAGAUGGUGGAUUACGCUACGAUUGUUGAUAUGCCGUGGUAUUAG